AUGCUGCACGACCUACCUCCUCACACCACCAAGCUCUACGCCAAGGCGACCGGGCCGGCGCCGCCGGCGCCGCCGGCGCCCAUGCCCGCUCCUCCGGCGCCUGCCGCCGUGCCCGUAUCGCUGCCCGCGCCCAGUGCUGCGCCUGCGCUCCCCACGACACUCGCCGCGUCCGCGCGCGCGAUCCUACCCGUGCGCCGCGCGGGGGCGAUGGGGGCGCCAGCGCCCGUGCUACCGCGCUCGGCAGGGCGGCCUGUGCCCAGCGCGGCGCCGGCCAUGCCCGUGGGCGUUGUGCAGGACCUGUCCAUGUCGACCGACGGCUCUCACGGCGGCGUGGCCGCUGAGCCGGACGUGGACACCGCGCUCUCGUCGCCGAGUGUGCCCUCGGACGAGAGCGAUCUGCUCGCAGACAUCGAGCUCGACCUGGAUCCCGCGGGCCUCGUCACCGUGUCGCUCGCGGAAGAGCUCGCUGAGCAGCGGCGCGUCGCCGACGUGUGCGAGCGCUUCGAGGCGACGGUCCUGGCGCCCCAGGCGCUUGCCGCGCAGGCGGAGCGCCGGGAGCUCGUGCGUCAUGGGCAGAUGGACCCUGAAGCCGCGGCCCACGACGACGUGAUGAUGCGCCUCGGCCUCGACGCCGAGGAGGCGCGCGACAUCUCGAUGGUCGCCGAGUACGCGCAGGACAUUUUCGCCUACAUGGCCUGCUGCGAGCGCGAGUCGAUGGCGAAUCCCAACUACAUGGACUUCCAGGACGAGAUCCAGUGGCACAUGCGGGCGACACUGAUCGACUGGCUGCUCCAGGUGCACACGCGCUACCACAUGCUCCCGGAGACGCUCUGGAUCGCGGUGAACCUCGUGGACCGCUUCCUGUCCGCGCGCAUCGUGAGCCUCGCGAAGCUGCAGCUCGUGGGCGUCACGGCCAUGUUUAUCGCGGCCAAGUACGAGGAAAUCCUCGCCCCGAGCGUCGAGGAGUUCGUGUUUAUGACCGAUGGCGGCUACUCGCGCGAGGAGAUCCUCAAGGGCGAGCGCAUCGUCCUCUCCACGCUGGACUUUAAUGUGUCGACGUACUGCUCGCCGUACUCGUGGGUGCGCCGCAUCUCCAAGGCCGACGACUACGACAUCCAAACGCGCACGCUGUGCAAGUGCCUCAUGGAGGUCACGCUCUUCCACUACCUGUUCCUGCGCGUGCGCCCGAGCAUGAUUGCCGCUAUCGGCAUGUACCUCGCGAAGCGCAUGCUCGGCGGCGUGUGGGACGAUGCAUUCGUGUACUAUGCGCGCUUCACCGAGGCACAGCUCCUUCCCGGCGCGAACCUCCUCCUGGAGAAGCUGAUCGAGCCUGGCUUUGAGGACCAGUUUGUGUACAAAAAGUAUGCAAGCAAAAAGUUCCUCAAGGCGAGCAUAUACGCGCGCCACUGGGCCCUUCGCCACCCCACACUCGCCAGCACCAGCGCCGACGCCGUGCCAGGCCCAUCGCGCGCCUCACCCUAG